CGUUGGGUAUUUUAGUGUUGAGACAGCUUGUUAGGAACCUGUUAUAUAUUUUGUCAUUUCUCAAGUCCUUGUUCCCAGUUCAAUUUUCCAGCUAGGAAAGUUUUCACACCGAAACUAGUCUAAAAAUCACUCCAAGUUACGAAAAAUUUAUAAAAUCCCGAUAAAAGUCAGAUAUUCUCCAAGAAUAAACUAGAUUGGUUGAUAAAACAAGUACUAAACGUUUUUAAAAUGAUCUUACGAACUGCUGCGUCUUUCAGCAUACACUGAAAAGUCAAUAUUUAUUCUUGUAUAUUUGAUUUGAAAGUGCUGAUGGUUUUGAUCGCUCAUCUUGACAUUAUUAUACUCACCUAUAUAAUAAGGACGUCAGGCUCAGCAAAAAGAACGAUUUGUUCUGCUUGCCAUCGUUUAACACGGUGCUGGCUUUGCGAAACACACACAAACGAAAAUGAUGUUAUCUGACGUCUUAAGUUAGAUAAUUCUAAUUAUCUACCAUUACAGGAUUUGAAUCCACAACUGCAUCUCUGUGCUAAUGUGGUAUGGCAACUCGAACUGGUGUACGUACGUACGAAGUUCUACGUUGUUACUGACUGACUGGCUGACUGAAGUUAGAUAAUUCAGAGUUAUAAGACUCAAGAAAGAAAUCCGUUUUUCAAAGUUUAAGACUUGUGUAAUGCUAAUGCGAUUUGGAUUUGUGUUGUAUACUUGUUCUAAGACUAAACUUUCAUGAAAAUUGUAUGGGUAACAUAUACUUCGAAAUAUGUGAAAGAGCCCAGAUCAGAAUUUUGCGGUUUGAAGGUGCUUUUUUGCAAGUACAACAUGCUCUGUAAACUUAAUCUAUCUUUAGCCUUAACUCCGAAUUCUUAAUUCAAACGCGAUUGUUGUUGAAUGUUGGACUUUAUAGAGAUGGUACAACAGACAACUUAAAUCUAGUAAUUUGUGAACUAACCAAACGUAAUUUUUGAGCACACACCGUUUAUGUUGAGAACUACUACUGUAUAGACUGAUAGCUGUUAUAUUGCUUUGGUCUACUCUAAAUUUCAGUUAUCGGGUUUGCAUUUUCAUGUAGUUUGCCACUUAAAAGUAAGUCUUAAGUCCUUUUGAAUAUAAACAUUAGUACAUGCUUUGAUUAGUUAUCCUUUGGAAAGCGUCGAAUAAGCUAAUUAAAGCGUUAAUCACAUUCAAAAGCUUCUUAUUGUAUGAAGUUCAGAGUGAAAUCAGAAAACCCGGUAACAACAACCGUAUCACGGCUUUUAAAACGUUUUGUUUAUCACGAUUAACCAACAUUUUAUGACAGAGGUUUGGCCACGUUAUGUUCUUCACUCACUUUGAAGAAUAGAUUCGACCUGAUUAACUUCUAUUAUUCCGAAUGUACGAUAAAUGGUUUCUCACAUCAUUUUUUACAACUAUGAACUAUAUACCUAACAGUAAUUAAAUUAUUUCUCAAGGUUAAAUUUUCGCAGGUCGUACGUAGCCACAAGCUGUGUAGGUCAAAAUUUAAAGAAAAGCAGACGCGAAUAUUCUAAAAUCAGAUUAUGUAACUGGGAGGUAUUCUGAUAACUUAACUUGUUUUAUAUGGGAAAUAUCCAGAGGGCGUAGGUAAAGCGGAAAAAGUGAAUAGUUUUGUUACAGCUUCAAACACAUUUUUUGAUUUGUUGUGAACCCCAGCUAUAGAAUAACCAGGGAUAAAUAUUAGUUUCACGAAAUAUAACCAAUCCGAGACUUUGAUAUGACGGAAUUAAGAAGUCAAGUUUCAGAUAGCGAGGAUGGGCCCUUAUUUUUCAUUGUGAUAGAAUUGAACACAUAGAACAAAACAUUUAAUUGUACAACAGUUGUGUUAGUUACACCCCACAGUGAAAGGACAAAAGUACUCAAGGUUACAAAGUUGAUGCAGUUAAUUAGUAAAAUGCGAUACUGACUUUAUAAAGGGGUUCAUGAAGGUGGCUUUUGAUGUGGAAAACUAUUCAGAAAUAGUGUAUUAGACAAGUAUUUUUUUCUUAUUCUGGGCGGCCAAUAAAAGCGAACGUCAAUCAUUUUGUCGCGACUUGAGUAAAGUAAUAAUGUGUAGACAGUAAGUUAGCAAAUCAGCAACUUAAUUAUGAGUUGUGGUUCUGAGGAGUUGAGUACAGCUUCUUAAUGAAUAAAUCACUUGCCUGGUUUCGUCUAGUUUUAAACGAUUUUCUAUUUGAUAUUGCUGUGGUGUUUUUAAAAAAGUUCUAAUCAAAGAAAGCACUUUUAAACAGACUUUUUUCCUAAUAUAUUAUGUUGGGAUGGAUCUAAACUACCCAGCUGUCCAGGCAGAAUCAUGUUACAAAACUACAGUCUACUUAUACAAUACCGAGUAAUGUAAUCAAUAAGCCACCAUUUGAUUGAUAGUUUGCGAUCCGGAAAAUAUGUUUAAAAAUAACAUUGCUUUGGUAAAUGUGAUUUCCACAUUUGACAGUUUUACCAUAGAAAACUUUCUGCAGAAACGGGUACAUGAUGAGAAUAAGCACUUAAUACCGGAUUACAAUCGUAAUUCUGAAUAAAUGUUGGUGUUUAAACGUAUCACGUUUCAGUUAAGCUAAAUGAAUUAUGAUCCGUUCAGUUUCAUUCAAACUAAUGACUUUUGUUAAUAUUUGAUAAAAGUUUUAAUUUGUUUCCUUAUGUUAUUGUACAGAUUUUAAAGUUUCAUUUUAUGGUCAAUUUAUUUGUCUGGUCUCAAAGUGACAAAAUACUUAUUUCUGAAUGUUCACUUUAUUUCACAGUGGGGUUUGACAGGCAAAAUGUAAAUAAAGUUAGUUUACUAAAGAAUUUGGAGAAAACCAUCAAACUUUAAGUGUUUAUUAUAAAACUCCCUUAACAUAGUCUAAUUUUAGUUUGAUUCUUUUGUUUUGUAUUCGCAGCAACUUUUCAAUAUGAAUUAAAUAUAGUAUGCAUGAAACACUUCCAUCUAUUUUCAGAUUAUCUCUGGCAUAGAUCGUACCAUAUGCAUCUGAUGUUCUGUUAAAAGGUUUUUGAUAAAGCUUAGUUUAUUGUGUGAAUGGCCGUUUACGUCGAUCGCAAUAUAUUCCAUAUUGGCACUAGCUCAUACAAGAAUGAUGUAUUUCAUGAUAUUUCAAAGGAAAGCUUCAAUUACCAGUCAAAAGAUCAUAAUAGCAAUUACUUCCUAGACAAUGCAAACACUGGUGUUGACGAUAAUUUUACAGCAAAAGGUACAAACUAUUAUAGAGAAGUGAAAGAAUGGUUAAAUGAUGAUUUGUUUCAAGGUGGAGUUUUUGAUGGAAAGCGUAAUGCAUGGGGUUGUUAUCAAUGGGACAAUGGUGAAAAAUAUUUUGGAACAUUUUUCAAUGAUAAAAAACAUGGUUACGGUUAUUAUGUAUGGCCUAAUGGAUCAAAUUAUUUGGGUACAUUUUAUCUUGAUAAAAGAUCAGGUUAUGGAAUUAUGAGAUAUUCAAAUGACUCAAUGUAUGAGGGAUUCUUUUCAAAUGAUCAACGUUAUGGUCCUGGUAUAUUCAUAACAAUUACAUCAACUACAUAUGAAUUAAAUAUUGGUUAUUGGAAAAAUGAUCGUUUAAUUCGUUUAAAAAAAUCUGCAUUAAAUAAUCAAGAAUUUCAUUUUAUAAAACAAUUUCCACAAUAUAAUUUUUAUAAAUUAGUUAAUUUAGAAUUAAUGUUUCAAAAUAAUCAAUAUCAAAAAUCAAUAAAACAAGAUCAAUAUAAUUUAUUGAUUAAUGAACAAAUUUAUCAUUAUGAUCAAUAUGAUUUAAAUGAAUCAUUAUCAUUAUUAUUAUUGAAUAAUUCUUUGAUUAAUUCAACAGAAUUAUUAAUUCAAAUGAUACAAAAUAUAUUAAAACAAAGUAAUUUACCUAAAUCAUUUCAAGUAUGGAAUAUGAAGAGUCCAUUAUUUGAAAAAUUUAUUGCAGAUCAAAGUUUUAAACAUUUACUUCAUUGUAUACCAAAAUCUAUAGAAUCAUCACUUUUAAACUUUAACAAUUUACAAGAGAUGUCAGAAACCAUAGGAUCUAUUCAAAAUGAUUAUUCAAAAAUGUUCAAUUUAAAAAAAGAUGAAUCUAAACAACAACAAUCGGAAACUUAUUCCAAACAAGAUUCUCUAUUUGAUUCACAAUUUAAACAAAAUCAAACAGUUUGUUUAGUUGAUAUGAGAUCAUAUAUAACACAAAUUGCUUAUUUACAAAAUUUUCUACGUAAAUCAUGUAAAACUAUUGAUUGGUACAAAUUAUCAAUGCAUCAUAUAAUUCAUGAUGUUACUAAUAAAGAACAUAAUCAUGACCUUGAAAAGAAUGAACAUGGAUGUCGUGACCUUAGAAGCAAUGAACAUGAAUGUCAUGACCUUGAAAAUAAUUUAAAUAAACAAUUGUUUAUUAAUGAAUGGUCAAUGAUAUGGAAUAAACUAUCAAAAAAAAUUUUGAAAAAAUCUAAUAAACAAACAUUAAUACAUAAUAUGAAUACAAAAUAUCAAUUAACCGGUAAAUAUGAAACAUUAUCAAUACAAUUUAUUCAAUAUUGUUUUAAUGGAUUAUUUGAUGAAGUUAGGAAUUUAUUACAAAUUGAAAAUCAAACAAAUAUGAAUCAAUAUUGUAUUGAUCCAAAUGUUACUGAUAAUCAUGGACAAUUUGGUUUAUUAGGUGCUGUGUUAACAUGGAAUAUGAAAUUAGUGAAUCUCUUGUUGGAUUUUGGUGCAAAUAUUAAUCAAUUAACUGAUGAUGGUUUAACAGUUUUUACAAUAUGUUUAUUAAAAUAUUAUGAAUUAUUUAAAGAAAUUAUGAAUUUAAAAAAUGAUCGAAAUGAUCAAUUUAGUGAAGGAGAUCAAGGAUCAUUAGAUCAAAAUGGAAAUCAUCAAUCGGAACAAGAACUUUAUCAACAACAACAACAACAACAACAACAGAGACAAUAUGAACCAGAUCAUAUAUUGCCGAUCAUUACGAAAAGAAUAAAAAUGAACGAUAAAAUGGUUGAUUCAACAAAUGAUAAUGAAGAUUAUGAUGAGAAGAAAGAAUCAGAUUUAAAUAAAUCAUCAUCAUCUUCACCUUUUGGCAGGAAUUAUAUUUAUCGUGUUGAAUUACCUGUAUUAUUAUCGACAACAUCUUCAGAGAGUAUGGUCACGUUACGGCGUAAUGCUAGACUGUCACAAAUACGUAGAAUGCAUUUAAAUAAAAUUAAAGAACGUCGUUCACUUAUUACAAAAUCAAAUGAAAUGAGAAGAUCUACACAACAAUCACCUGAAAUAAAAAAUGAUUUGAUUACUACAACUCAAUCAGUUUUACCUACUUUUCAACGUUUUACAAAUUGUUUAACUCGUUUUAACUCUAUAAAAGAAUUAAGUAAUGAAGAUAAUCCUAUUAAUUCACCAUUGAAAGAUAAUAAAAUGAGUCCAACUUCAUCAUCGAAAUCUAUGUAUGCUGAGAAUCGUAAGAAUAGACCCAAAACUAUCUCGAUAGACCAAAGAAAUAAAAAGGCAAUGAUUGAUAUCAUUUCUAAUAAAGCUGCAUUCAAUCAACCAUAUAGAAUAAAAUCACCAUUAUUAAGAGAAGUAGCUGCUCAAGAACUAUCACGAAAUCCUUAUUUUUUAGCAUCACAUUCAAUGAAUAGUUCAAUGAUGAAUCAAGUAUUAGAUGAAAAUAAUAAUAAAACACCAGAUAUAGAACAAGUUAAUGAAACACCAGUUAGCAGAAAUUCAUUAGAUCGACAAGCUUUACUUUUAGCAAAACAAAAACAAAUGUUAGAUGUAAUAGAUCUAUUAUUAAAACGUGGAGCAAAUCCAAACACUGGUAUACGACCAUUACCAGCAUUAUUUCUAGCUGUACAAGCUGGUGAUCCUGAUAUGGUUCGUAAAUUAAUUCAACAUGGUGCAGAUGCAAAUAUAUGUUUACGUGUAGAUAGUAUUUCCGAAUCUGAGAAUCCUGCAUCAAAAGGAAUUUAUAUUGAUGAAGAUGAACCACCAUUAAUACCAAGUUUAGAUGGUUUAACUGUUUUACAUUAUGCUGUACUUGUUCCAAAUGAAAUGGGUGUAAAACUAACAGAAAUUCUAUUAGAAGAUGGUUUAGCUGAUCCAAAUAAACAAGCUACAUUAGAUGAUAGUUUCAAAUCAAAAAGUCAAUUCAACACUUCAAUAAUAUCCGGGAAUUCAAGUGAGUUGAAUUCAGGCAAAACAACACCUGAAGAAAAUAGAAUGAAUGAAGGUCGAACUCCAUUACAUUUGGUUUGUUCCCGUGAAUAUGAUUUACUGAAUUCAGCCGUCAUUACAAAAUGCCUUUUAAAGCAUAAUGCUAAUCCAAAUUUAUUGUGUAACGGUCAUUCAGCGCUCAGUGUUGCUAUAGCAACUGGAAAUGAUCCAUGUAUUAAUAUCUUAAUAAAUCAUCAGAAUACAAAUAUUAAUCAACCAUUAGGAGAUGGUUUAGGUUCAGCUCUUUGUAUUGCAUGUUCAAGUUUAUUUGAAUUUAGAAGGCCAAUUGAAUCACGUUUGGAAUUAAUCAAAUGUUUAAUUAAUAAAGGUGGUAUUGACAGUUUUAAAACAUUUGUUUUAUUAAAAUCCAAGGGAAUUUUCGGGAAUGUAAUAGAUUUCACUUAUAUGGAUUAUGCAAAAGAUACAAGAAUUUCUAAAACACCAUAUCAUGCAUUGAAUGAAAUUGAAAAAGAAACUUAUAAUGGAAGAAUGCAAAUAUUAACUUAUUUAGCUAAUCGAUUAAGAGAAUAUGCUUAUUCAAUAGAAAGUCUUAUUGAUGAUAAUAAUCACAAUAUUGAACAAAUAAAUUUAGAUCGAAAUGAAUUAAAAGAUAAACAAGACAAUUGUCCUAUUAAAACAUCAUCUUCUAAACCUUCGCGUCAAGAAUCACCGACUUAUCUCAAGAAAAACAGUUGUAUAUCCUAUUCGUUUUGCUAUGAAUGUGGACGUUCUGUUGGUGUACGUCUAACAAUAUGUACACGCUGUCAUAGAGUAUAUUUUUGUUCCAAAGUUUGUAAAUUAAAAUCAUGGACAAUGCGACAUAAAAACGAAUGUUAUUUAACUCCAGAACUUCAAACUGAAAGAGAUCGACGAAGUCCUACAAAAGUUCUACCAAAACUUACAGCAAAUAAACAAGAAAAACGUCAACAAUCAAUACAACAACAUAUAAAUCAUACAUUAAAUUGGAAUUUAUUAAAUCAUUUAACAUGUUGUACAAGUAGUGGUGAAUUCAUUGGUAUUUUAUAUCAUCCAAGUUAUUAUUAUCAAUAUAUAUUAAAUCAUUAUUUAAAAAUUAAUGAAAAUGGUCAUAUUAUCAUUGGAAAAUAUAAUGGUAAUGGAAAUUAUAGUCUUAUUUAAUGAAAUUCAUAUUAUUCAUUAGAUUAAAAAAAAAAAUUCGAUGUGUUUCUUUUCUCUUUUCUUCUUUUUUUCUUUUUCUUUUUUCUUUCUUCAAGUUUUCUUUUUUGCAAACGAUUAAGUAUUAAAUUCUAUCUAUUUCUUUCAUUACUUGUUUGUUUGAUUUUAAAGAAGAAUAAAAAAGAAAAAAACUCAUAAUGACAACAAUCUUAUGUUAAAAUGAAAAGUAUUUUAUUGUACAUUAUGAAAUUUAAAAAGAUUUAUGAAAAUAAUUAAAUUUAUAUCUGUUUA